AUGAAGAAGGAAUUCUCUGUUACACCUCAGCAAAAUGCACCACAGGGAUCGGGUUCAACAGGAAAGCCAUCCGAGUCUGGUAGUAAUUUGUCAAAAGUUGUUCUGGGAAGCAUUGCACUAGGUGCUGCUUUUGUGACAGCUUACCAAUGGGAUACUCUAUUUGGUAAAGAGCAGCAUAGAAAAGCUAUUGAGCUAGACAAGGUGCACUUGUCGGAAAGUAAUACAAGUUCAAAGGAUGGGGAACAUUUAGCAGAGAAUGUUCCCAACCUUCAAGAGUCGAGCAUAUUAAACCCUNGAUUUGGUAAAGAGCAGCAUAGAAAAGCUAUUGAGCUAGACAAGGUGCAAUUGUCGGAAAGUAAUACAAGUUCAAAGGAUGGGGAACAUUUAGCAGAGAAUGUUCCCAACCUUCAAGAGUCGAGCAUAUUAAACCCUGGCGUGGAUCAUGUGGAGGAAAAUAUUGAAAUUCAUUCAGCUUCCACUCACCUUGAAGAUUCGAGCAUAAAUGAAGGAGAGAGCCAGUUUAAAGUAACUGAGACAUCAGAAAUAACUCCUCAAGAAGAUAUCAGCCCUAGACAGGGGAAUGAGUUUCCCAAAGCUCCUCAUAGCAGCAUGGCAUCAGAUAAUAGAGGUAGUAAUUCUAGAACACCGCUUGAAGAUAAUCUUGACAUGAAGAACCCAGAGGUGAAACCUGAUAUGGAGCAGCUUGAGGCUGUCAAAAUCACACCAAUACUUGAACAGGCUGAUGCAGUUCNCAGACAGGGGAAUGAGUUUCCCAAAGCUCCUCAUAGCAGCAUGGCAUCAGAUAAUGGAGGUAGUAAUUCUAGAACACCGCUUGAAGAUAAUCUUGACAUGAAGAACCCAGAGGUGAAACCUGAUUUGGAGCAGCUUGAGGCUGUCAAAAUCACACCAAUACUUGAACAGGCUGAUGCAGUUCCCCAAGAAAAUGAGAUGCAGUUCAUGCCGCCACAACACUUCAACACUAAAGACACACCAGAGAAUGCCCCUGGUGAUGGUAUGAGACAGCCAAGUUCCCUCCUUGAUGCAUACCAUUUAAAAGAUGAGACUGAAAAAACUGCAGCAGCUGCUUCAACUGAAGAUAAGGAUUUAGUGGGGGCAGUUGAAGAUUUGAAUGAUGCUUACAUAUCUAAGGAUGGGAAGUUGGUUCUUGAUUUUUUGCAAGCCAUUCAUGCAGCUGAGAAAAGGCAAGCAGAGUUAGAUGCUCAUAUUUUUGCUGAAGAAAAAAGAAUGAUAAAGGGUUUCUGCCUCUCUAGUUUUGUGUGUGUCUCGACUGUAUUGGGAGAAGAGGUUGGGUCCGGGUCCGGGUUCGGGAGCUCCAUCCACCGCCAUAAAUUUCUUCGCAAUCUGCCACACUUCACCAUUAGUGCUACCCUCAGAUCCACCGCUCAGUUGUUCGAUCAAUCAUUAUAUCAUUAUAAACGUCGGACUUCCUCUUUAUUUCAAACCCAGUCGAUCAUGUUGCGGAGGUCCAUUCUGGAGCUCUCGUCCCGUCGACUGGUUAAAAGGACUCCAACGCAGAUUACAACCCAGAUUCCUUCAUAUCUUUCUUCUAGGAAGGAAUUCUCUGUUACACCUCAGCAAAAUGCACCACAGGGAUCGGGUUCAACAGGAAAGCCAUCCGAGUCUGGUAGUAAUUUGUCAAAAGUUGUUCUGGGAAGCAUUGCACUAGGUGCUGCUUUUGUGACAGCUUACCAAUGGGAUACUCGAUUUGGUAAAGAGCAGCAUAGAAAAGCUAUUGAGCUAGACAAGGUGCACUUGUCGGAAAGUAAUACAAGUUCAAAGGAUGGGGAACAUUUAGCAGAGAAUGUUCCCAACCUUCAAGAGUCGAGCAUAUUAAACCCUGGCGUGGAUCAUGUGGAGGAAAAUAUUGAAAUUCAUUCAGCUUCCACUCACCUUGAAGAUUCGAGCAUAAAUGAAGGAGAGAGCCAGUUUAAAGUAACUGAGACAUCAGAAAUAACUCCUCAAGAAGAUAUCAGCCCCAGACAGGGGAAUGAGUUUCCCAAAGCUCCUCAUAGCAGCAUGGCAUCAGAUAAUGGAGGUAGUAAUUCUAGAACACCGCUUGAAGAUAAUCUUGACAUGAAGAACCCAGAGGUGAAACCUGAUUUGGAGCAGCUUGAGGCUGUCAAAAUCACACCAAUACUUGAACAGGCUGAUGCAGUUCCCCAAGAAAAUGAGAUGCAGUUCAUGCCGCCACAACACUUCAACACUAAAGACACACCAGAGAAUGCCCCUGGUGAUGGUAUGAGACAGCCAAGUUCCCUCCUUGAUGCAUACCAUUUAAAAGAUGAGACUGAAAAAACUGCAGCAGCUGCUUCAACUGAAGAUAAGGAUUUAGUGGGGGCAGUUGAAGAUUUGAAUGAUGCUUACAUAUCUAAGGAUGGGAAGUUGGUUCUUGAUUUUUUGCAAGCCAUUCAUGCAGCUGAGAAAAGGCAAGCAGAGUUAGAUGCUCAUAUUUUUGCUGAAGAAAAAAGAAUGAUAAAGGUUUGGGCAAAUUCUAAUCUGGAGACUAUUUUCCAUAUUUCCCAUUCUAAUCUAUCAUUCAUGAUCUCUUGGACUUGGCUUGGCUUGGCUUACUCUUGCUAA